CACAAAGCCGCGAGCCACAUUGCCGUUUCCACGUGUUCUAACGUGACGUCGAGCUCAUUCUAAACCCCGCCCCCCGUUACCGUCCAACUCUCCUUUUACCAUUGGCCGGAACGGCCGUCAAUCAAACAAGAGGUAGGGGCCAGGACCAAAUGAUUUGACAGCAGGUCGCAUUGCGCCGUGUAGUCUGAGUUAUAUACUUUAUGUUGGUGAGGAAAAACCGCCAGCAUCUACUUGAUAGUUACAAUUAUUAACAUAGCAGCACACACACACACACACACACACAUACAACUACUGUCUUCUCUGCUAUUGAACUAUUUUGAGCCGGUGUUUUGGACCGAUCCUUAGGUCCUGACCGCCUACCGAGCGACAAGAACCAAGGACACCCUCUCUAACUGACGUCACAGGAUCCGUUCCAACACGGAAACCGUAAUGGUGGGGGCUGGUCGUUAGUCGUUACCUGCAGUCGGUAUUGUUGUGAUGGUCCGAUCUCUGAUCUCUCAUCUACUUCUAUACAUAACUUGUUACACACGUUUUAUAUAAAAAUAAAAUAAAAAACCCACGUCGAUCUGAAAAGAAGACUUAUAAAAUGUUCAACAAACGAAGCCCUGUCGCUGUGUGACCAAAUGGACGGCAGAAAGUUGACAGAUCAUUCGACCUCUGUUCUCGUACGUUUAACACGUUUAUCUCCGUUGAUCGAGAUUCCCGGUCGUAGAUCUACAACCAUGGGGAAGUUAGCCCGCUGUCUCCUGCUGCUGCUGUUGCUGCUGUCUUGGGAAGGAACCGACUUACAGGUGAAGUCAGUGAGUGUAACUCUACCAGAGUCUCUAUUGUUUGUGUCUACUCUGGAUGGGAGUCUACACGCUGUUUCCAAGCAGUCUGGAGACAUCAAAUGGACGCUCAAAGAAGAUCCCAUCAUCCAGGUGCCUGUUUACCUUACUGAGCCAGGGUUUCUCCCUGACCCCAACGAUGGCAGUCUCUACGUCCUGGGAGGAAAACACAAGGAAGGACUGAUGAAACUGCCCUUCACCAUCCCAGAGCUGGUCCAGUCUGCUCCCUGUAGGAGUUCUGAUGGAGUCCUCUACACUGGGAAGAAGCAGGAUGUAUGGUUCGUGGUUGACCCCCAGACAGGAGAGAAACAGACCAGCCUCUCCACAUCAUCAUCAGACUCCAUCUGCCCCAAUGCACCACUUCUAUACAUCGGACGGACAGAGUACAUGAUAACGAUGUAUGAUACGAAGACACAGGAGCUGAGGUGGAACGCCACGUACAAUGACUACUCUGCCCCGCCGUACGAUGAGAAACACGACUACAAGAUGGCCCAUCUCGUCUCCAGUGGCGACGGGUUGGUGGUGACCGUGGACAGAGAGUCAGGUGACGUCCUGUGGAUGCAAAACUAUGGGUCACCUGUGGUGGGUGUGUACCUGUACAGCCAGGACUCUCUGAGACACGCCCCUCACCUGUCGGUUGCCAUGGAGACGCUGCGCUACCUCACCUUCUCGUCCCACGACACACACACCAUGAAGUGGAGCUACCAGUUUGUCACGGAGCAGGCCAGCACGCACACACAGCUGGUGCCCACUCUGUAUGUAGGGAAACUGGACUCUCAUCUUUACGCCUCCACCUCCCUGGUUCACGACGGAGUCUCUCUAGUGCCGCGGGGCCUGACGCUGGCGCGUAUCGAGGGACCGGAGACGGAGGAGGUGACGGUUAGAGAGGAGGGAGAGUGUGAGAUCAUCCCGUCUACCGACGUACGGUACCCGCCAGGCUCCACCAACACGCUGAACAACCAGUGGCUCCUCAUAGGACACCAUGAGUUACCCCCGGUAGCCCACACCACCAUGUUGAGAGACUUCCCGGUAAACCUGCAGCGUUCCGGUGAUGCCGUUAUCCCGACCCGGUCUCAGAAGAACCGCUAUACAGACAAUCCUUUCCAGUCAGUAGGUCAUGGUGUUGGAGGGGGUCGUGGUUCGGGUCCUAGCGGAAGCAGAAGGACCAAAGCAGGAUCAAGAUCAGGGUUGUCCUCUGUCCUGCCCGACUAUAUAUACCAGGACCCUGUUACCGUGAUGAUACUGUCUCUACUGCUGGGAGGAUGGCUUGCCUUCGCUCUGACUUAUCCACAGCGUGUGACCCAGCAGCAGAAUGACCAGAUGCAGCAGUUGGACGAAGCUCUGGAAUCCCGCCUCCAACACCUGAUAGACACGCCCUCUUCUGCAGACACACCCCCUCCUCCACCAGACACACCCCUUUUCCCAGGCACCCCCUCUUCUGAAGCCCAGCCCCAGUCUGCAGACACACAGCCGUCCUCUGUGGACGCUCCUCUCUCUGGCUCCCCCGGUAACAGUAGUGAUGCUGUAGCCAGGAACACAUCAGCUGUAACACGACACACACAGGGUGAGACACACACACAGGGUGAGACACAAUCUUUCUAA